CACCAACUUGUGCACAUCACCCGCCAGUCGUCGAUUGGUCCCGCUGCUGGUCGCGCGCGCCGAGGGUCUACUCUCUGCUGAUGGGGGCCCUACGCGCCGCCGUGUGCUGGAAGCACGUCUUCGUGUUCUCGCUGGUACUCGUGGCCGCGCUGAAGCCUGUCCACGCCAAACCUGCAUCCUUAGGCGCCACGUUUAACGCCCUAGUCAACCACGUCAGUAGCACAAACAGCAGCAACAAUGCAAACGGGACGGUCGGGGGUACCAUCGCCUCCACCUUGAACAGUGCUUCUGAGACGGGGUCACUCUCAGACCUCUACUCCAGGCUGAGCUCGUUCAUCACAAGCUUGCUGGGCGCCGUAUCGUCGUACUUGAGCGGUAUCAACGAUGAUCCUGGUGUCAACACGGUUACAUUUAAUGUAAGUGCAACCGGGUCUCAGCCGAGCUCGGGAUCGAACUCUACGACCACAACGACGACGGUGGCAACGACCAGCAGCACAGAUUCCACAACAGAGUCAAGCACGACCACCAGUUCGACGAGCACGUCAGCCUCAACAACAACGGCGUCCACUUCGACGUCCAGCGCGUCUUCUACCAGCAGCAGUCAAGCAACAACAGCAGAUUCGGCAAUACAAGCAUCGAAUUUAUUAAGCGGCGUUGAUGCAAACGGCGAUACAUUCGCAUCCGUUAGUGUUUCCGUGCCAGGUGCAAGCGCUAGUGCUGACACAAGCACUGCCAAUGGAACAAGCUCGAACAGCACAGCAAAUACAUCUAAUAGCGGAGCGUCGUCUUCAAGUGACAGCACAUCGUCCCCCAGUUCAACAUCAACAACCAGCUCAGCUGACUCAACAGCAUCAUCCUCCACUUCUGCCGCAGCAAGCAGCAGUUCAAGCACUGCUGCGACUGACAGUUCUUCGACCACCACCAGCGAUACUGCGUCAACCAGCACAACCACUGAAGAUCCGAGCUCAACGACAACAGCAUCUUUGACAAGCACCAAUGCCGCAACAGCGGUUGACUCGUCAAGCACGGCGUCGUCCUCAUCUACCGCAUCCACGUCAUCCAGCUCGUCUUCAUCAACGACUGCAGUCUCCAGUGACAGUACGAGUACAGCAAAUGCCGCAACCUCGACUACCGCUAGCGACAAUACAAGCACUACAGAUCCAAGCUCAACCACAACCACUUCUACGUCCAGUACAUCGAGCUCAUCGUCGACCACAGCGGCUCCAACCACAACUACUGGAUCGUCAACGAGCACAGAUGGGACGACUGCAACGGACUCGACCAGCACUUCCUCAUCGUCAACAGGGUCAUCGUCAACAUCCUCUACCUCGUCAGCGACGUCUGGUAGUUCGACCACGGCAGCCGGCAGCAGUACUUCUAGUGCAGCGACUGAUAGUAGCUCUACGACUACCAGUGACACGACGUCCACAACGACUGAAGAUCCAAGUUCAACAACGACUACUGCCGCGUCUAGUACAUCGACGUCAACUGACAGUUCAACAAGCACGACCACUGCAGACCCAAGCUCAACCACAACUGCUUCCACAUCCACAACGUCAUCGACUACAGAGGCACCAACAAGUGCAUCGUCUUCGACGAGCACAGACGCAACGACUGCGGCUGGCUCUACCAGCACUUCUUCCUCGUCAACAGCAUCCACGUCAGCAUCGUCCAGUUCGUCAACGACGUCAAGUAGUUCAACCACUGCGGCCGCCAGCAGUACUUCUAGUGCAGCGACUGGCAGUAGCUCUACGACUACCAGUGACACGACAUCCACAACGACUGAAGAUCCAAGCUCAACGACUACUGCAGCAUCGACCACAUCGACAUCCACUGACAGUACCUCGACUACCGCUAGUGACAGUACUUCAACCAGCACAACCACAGAAGAUCCAAGCUCGACCACAACCACUUCUACUUCCACGACAACGUCAUCGACCACAGAGUCACCGACAACAACCGUUGCCUCCUCGUCGACAAGUACAGGUGGAACG